AGUUGGCUGCGUGCAAAUCUUGCUGCUUACGUGUUUCCAAUGUAAAAAUAUUAAAUUUCAAUAUGUAAAUAUUGCAUUAAUUAGAAAUGUAAAGUGGUGUGUGAAAAUAUGCCUAAAUUUAAAGUCCUGGAAAGUAGGCUACAACGCAAAUGACUAUUUCACAAGCAAAGCGAUGCUACUAAAAAAUAUGCGUAAAUUACAUAAAAUAAUUAGAAUUUAAAGUAAUUAUAAAUUGAAAAAAUAACAACAACAAAAAAAAAAUAAAAGAAUUGAUAAUACACUUUUUUUAAACAGCUUUACAUAAUAAGCAGUGCGUUUUCCAAAGUUUUGACGCCAGCGUAUUGGGUGAGUGAAUGGCUGCAGCGCCGGCGCAGCCAGACAAGUGAAUGUCCCCGUUCUCAUUACAAGUAAAUGUACACACAAAGUGCAGUAUAGUAAAAAAAAAAUAAUAAUACCCCUGUGUGUGCGAGUAAAAAUAAAUUGAAAAAAAAACAAAAAAAAAGCCACUGUUUUUUUGUAAUCAGCAUUUGCGAAGAUACAGCAUCAUUGACUGAUACUCAGCUGCCUUAAAAUAGCAGGAGCAGCACUGCGCUUUGGCGAAAGGUGUAAAAUUAGAUAGGAUAGGAUUCAAUAUAGUGCCAGUGCAAUAAUCAUAAAGUGACUUAGUGAGUGAGCGGUGACCACAGAGCUGGUGACCGAUACUGUGUGUGAUAAAACGUCCGAAAACAAUUUACUUAGUUAGUUAGUUUCCACAAGCAUCUAUGCCCAUAUGUGGACGAGGCGAUAAUCUUAUAUUGGCCAGUGACGAGUAAUUUGUGCAAUAAUUAGUGAGACGAACGCGAAUGCAAGAAGUGAACUAGAAAUUUACAGAUUGUAACGGAAGCAAGAGCCUGCGAAAAUGUCAUUAAAGAAGGAAACUCCAUCCGAUGUGCUGCUGCAUUUGGCAGCUCUACGUGGCGAUGAAAUCAACCUGCGGCGCGUACUUGACAGCGGUAAAGUGCAUGUGGACUGCAAAGAUGAGGAUGGCACAACUCCCCUCAUACUUUCGGCAGCAGGCGGCCACACACCCUGUGUAUUGGAGCUACUUGAGCAAGGCGCAGAUCCCAAUUCGAGACGCGCUACUGGCACAACACCGCUAUUUUUUGCCGCUCAAGGUGGCUACUUAGAUGUAGUAAAAAUAUUAAUAAAAGCCGGCGCUAGCGUGGAUACGCCAUCAGUGGACGGUGGCACCCCUCUAUUUGUUGCCGCACAGGGUGGCCAUGUGAAAUUGGUGCGUGAGCUGUUGGAUUGUGGCGCCAAUGUGAAUGCCUGCAUGAAGGAUCGCGCCACGCCCGUUUUCAUAGCCGCUCAAAAUGGCCACCGCACAGUACUCUCCCUCCUACUCACCGCUGGCGCUCAUCCCGAUAUGAAGCGAAUAGAUGGUGCAACCCCACUUUGGAUUGCCGCACAAAUGGGACACGAUCACAUAUGCAAAGUGUUGCUGCAACAUGGCGCCUUCGUGGAUGCGGUCCGUUGCGAUGGUGCGACGCCACUCUUCAAGGCAGCGCACAAGGGACAUGCGGCUGUAGUGACUGAGCUGUUGAAGCACAGGCCUAAUUUGGGAAUAUUACCGAACGGCGAAACAGCGCUGCAUGCGGCGGCCAUGUUUGGCCACUUGACCGUCUGCAAGCAGUUGAUUGGCGGCGGCAGCGAUAUACUGCAGAAAAAUCAGGAAGGUCUAACUGCUUUACAGGUGGCGCGGCAACAGAAGUACUCUUCGAUUUGUGACUAUCUGCAGGAUCGCAUGCGUCUGGUGCGUGCGCGUACUGGAGCGGCGUCAUAAAUGGCGCUAAUGUGAGAAAUAGGCGAAAGAAGGAGCUUUAAAAUGUUGCAAGUAAAUAAAAUGGCAAAAAAAAAAAAUAAAAAUUGAUGCCAUUGUAUCGUAA